AUGGGGACUUCACUAUCACUUGCAAACAGAGCUUACAAGGCAGGUAAAAAGCUGGUUUUGGAAUCUUUCCACCAGGAAUUUAUAGCAGAGAUGUUAGUAGCACUCUCAAAGCUUGCAUCCAAGUCGGUGCUCCUGAUCUCUGAACAGGUAGUCUUGCUCUUGCCAUUCCUGGUGCAACCAUCUGCAUCAUGUGUGCAAGCUGUCGCGUUAAGAUGUUUGAACUUUCUCUUGGAAGGAGGAGUCUGUCGUUUUCCUGUAAAUGCUGGUCUACUCAAAGCACUCUCGCAUAUAGUGGAUAGCAGUAACCAUUCAUUGGGUUUGCAAUGUGAAGCACUAAAUUUAUUGCGUAAGACAGUGAGACAUUCUUGCAUGGAUAUAUCUGAAUUGGUAAACUUUCUACCAUCUGUUAAGGCAGCAGCUCAAUCUCCUAUCUUAUCCAAAAGAUUAUUGGCCCUCCGUCUUCUUGUAGAUAUAUCUUGUGACCAAAGGAUGGGAAUGGAAAUGACAUCAGAUGCAAAUGAUCUUAUUCAUCUUCCAUCCUGGGUCCUUUUGUCGCUGCUAGAUCAGAUAGAGGGUCUGGUAAAGCCGGUACUAAAGAGUUGUCGCACUACGUCUGAAGUGGAGCAAGAAUGUCGAAGCUUGCUCUAUCUAAUAGUUAGUCUGGUUAAGGAACACCCGUCAUUUGGUGUUCUUGUUCUUGACAAAAUUAGAUUAUUCAUAGAACCAAUGAUGGAUUUGUGCACAGAAAACUCGGAAACAGCAGUUGUGUCGUCUUCUCUUCGUGAUACUGUGAUGUUUGAUGUAGGAAGGCAUGUUCGUGUUGCAUUCAACCUUAUCUCCUGCGUAUAUAAAGUUGUGGAGUCUGGCGCAACACUUGAUGUAGCUAGUGCAAUUACUUCUCAGCUGCACCAGUCAAUGAAGCUUCUGCUCAAUGUCAUACUCCAAAGCAGCUUAUUUACUCAGGACAUCCACACCGUCCACUUAUUAUUCUUACACUCUCAUGUGAUGGGGACUUAUUCAGUGAAUGAUGAUAAUGGAAUCUAUACCGCUGCAGAAGAGUUGAGUAUAGCUAAUACUGAUUACAGGUUUCAGCAUGAGAGAGUUGUUGUUGAGUAUAUGAAAAAAAUGAUAGCAGGAAACGAUAAUUGGUCCGUCUACAGAUUUGCACAAUGGGCGGUCCAAUCAGAGUCCAAUGUUAACUGGUUAAAAUCCCCGACUCUAUUUGCUCAAGCUGAAAGCACUGUCCUUCUGCUUAAUUUCCCAAAACAAGUAAGUGAGGUCAAGGUUGCACCUUGUACGAGUGCUUUACCCGCUUGGAAUGCUGACUAUCAGAAUUACAUUGGAAGCCUUACAGAAGCUUGCACUGGCAUACGCGCUGCAAGCGAAGUAUUGGGAUGUGCUACCACAUUCGAUCAAACCUUUUAUUUCCAAAAGUGGUUUUUGGACUUAAGAGCCAAGUUUUUAGAAGCUGCUCUUGAUAUUCUGAGAUUUUUGGGUUCUGAUACAUGCAACAAUGCGAAUAUUUGCCGCAAAACAUCAGUCUCGUAUGUAGGUAAUUCUGAGGCUGAGGAAACUGCACCUGAUUUUCGUUUGUUGGUAUAUUUCUUGACACGAUUCUCAUUCCGAGUGAAUAGGUUGGUUCGGGAAUUUGAUCUUCUAGCUACGUCUUUCAUUGGUAUGGACACUGAAAGUUUCAUGACCGUUUCAAGUCUUGCUCUAAAUUGCUCAGUACUGGCCUUUUGUACAGGUUUUAUUCUCUACCAUCCAAACCUAUAUGAGAAAUCUAUGGUCCGUGAUUUGGAGAAUUUGAUGAAGUGUUCGCAUUCAACGCUGCUAAAAGAUGCAAUCAAGAGGUUACAACAUGUAAAUGAGGAAACAAGUACAAAGUUAAAGGUGCUGUUGACUUCUAUUGAAGAGCCAAAGAGCUGCUUCCACUUGCAUCAAAAAACGUUUCUAUAUGGAUCUGGAUUCAGAGAACGAGAAAGUUUGGUUGUUUCAAGGAAUGCUGUAAAGGAAGUACUGCAUCUUCAAGAAGAGGCAAGUAAAAUGAACUGUAAGGGCAUUCUAGGCCAAGUGUCGAAAGCAGGGGUGCAACUACUGAGCGGCAUACUUAUUAAGUGGAUGCAAAUAUCACUUCAGACUCCAAAAUGCUUUUUUCAAGUAAGGCCUUGCCCUGGUGCAGAAUUGUUCACCUGUAGUGCUGAUAACAGAAAAUCUAAUGAGAUAUCUGUUUUGCCUGGCUCCCAUCUGUCUCUAAAUCUCUGUCUCCAAAUGAAAAAUGUACCUGAGUACUCACGAAAUGGGUACUAG